AUGCAAAUGCACAGAUUGAGCGAUAUUCCUAGGAUCAUGAUACAGGGCUCGACGCCCAGUUCUUCGUCGAGACCCUCCUCGUCGGGCAUCGCUCUCCCCACUGGGGGUAACGUCGUCGGCGAGUCACCCUCCCCUCUUCUCGGGGAGAUCCGCCUCGCAUCGGACGGGUUUCUCGCGCGCGACCCGCACACGGCGCGCGAGUGGCAGUCGUUCGUCACGGACCACACCGCGAUGAACGCCAUGUUCAAGGCAGUGAUGGCGAAGCUCGUGGUGGUCUACCAGGACGCCGGGUCGCUGUACGACUUCUCAGAAGUGAUCCCGGUCCCGAAGGGCAUUGGAUCGGAGGUGAUUCGGGCGGGGAAGACGCUGGCGGACAUUGAGAGGUCGUGCGCGGGGACGCCAUCCCCGAAGAUCGCGACGCUCCUGGGGGCAGUGCAUCCUAUUCCUACUGUUCCUUCUUCGUGA